UGUUAUAAUAGUAAAACAGACAAGUAGUUUUUAACACGCGAUCAGUCUACCGGGAAGACAGCGGUCCGUUGACGUAAUAUCCCAAAAUCGAUUCUCUCUUCCUGUGUGCUGUUGUCAUUUCUAGAACUUUUUCACACCUGAAUGACACGAUAUUUGUGUAGUACAACCUCUGUAUGGAGACACGCAGUCAGGUCCUUGCAGCUUCAAAACGAUCUCACAAGAAGUCAUCCAAGAAACGACCCCCGUCUACUUCUAGUCUUGCUAAACAACUUUCCAACAGCACACCAGAAAAUGCCCCCAUCAACCGAUACCACGCCACAACCUUCCCCUUGUUUUCUGGUAGCGAUCCCCUGGGCGAUCCCAACCGACUCGUCCCGGAGACCAGUCAUGUGACCUCUGGUGUCUGUAAUUCAUUGGACACGGAUCGCAGCUUACAGUUUCAAGAUCUGCCGUUUGACUGCAAGUUGAAAGUUUUUGCGUAUUUGUCGAACACUGAGAAAGGCCUUGCAGCGCCGGUGUGUCACAACUGGUGGUCCGUGCUCACGAAGUCUCCGUGUCUGUGGGACAAUGUUCUCUUCUCGUCCCUGCCCUCAGGGUGCCUGCCGUCCGCCCACCACGCAGCCAGUGAGCAGUGUUAUGACUGCUACAAAACCCGCGUCUUUCAGUUCGUAUCAUUCCUCGUGCAGCUGCAGCCCUUGGUCCACACCCUGGAGUUCAAGCUCGACAUCGAGGACUCAUCCGAAGGAUUCCUCGGUCUCCUGUACCGAUUGUUCACAAACUUGUCGUUCCGUGAUCUCAGAUACGCCCACUUGAACUGGAAGGAAACUCCGUCCAAACCCUUCUGGCUCGAGUCGGCCACUUGCGACCAUUGCAGCGAGGUAAUUCGCAGCCACCGAAGACGGCAGAGGAAAUUUGUUCACAUGUUCGACCAGUUCACGACUCUGGCGCCGAACGUGACAACACUUGUGCUACCGUUCGAAUGGUCGACCAAUUCCGUCAAGUAUCUUGGUCGGUUGAAGAAGCUGCGUAACCUAGUUCUGGAGAAGUACUUCGUCUUUCAGAUGCUGCCCCAACAUCUUCUCAGCAGGACUCUGGAAAGUCUUCCUAGUCUCCAGCGACUGAUGCUGGAGGUUUGGACCCCGAGUUACGAUGGCCUCAUCACAUACUCUCUCACCUCCAAGUCAAUAGAGUACCUGGACAUCUCUCAGAGCCGAGGUUUCUAUGUCCAGAAGAUCGACAUGCCUAGACUGAAGGUGUUCCGUGUGGCGCGUCACCCGUGGAAUGGACCCAUUGUAAGUAAGGACCGUGUGGUACUGCCAUGUGUGUAUGAAGUUCUGGUGAAUGGAGCGCCGAGUCUAGUGAAGCUCAACGAUCACUGUCUGGAGCCUGGAUGGAGAGACGUGUCCUACCCAUCCUUGGACGAGGUCUUCAAAUCUGUGUGCUCCUGCAGGCGUCACAGGACUGGAUGGGCCUUAUACUAGAUAAACACAGGACUGGGUGGGCUUUAUACUAGAUAAACACAGGACUGGGUGGGCUUUAUACUAGAUAAACACAGGACUGGCUGGGCCUUAUACUAGAUACAAUACAGGACUGGGUGGGCCCUAUACUAGAUACAAUACAGGGCUGGUUGGGUCUUGUACUAGAUACAAUACAAGACUGGGUGGGCCUUAUACUAGAUACAAUACAGAUCUGGGUGGGCCUUAUACUAGAUAAACACAGGACUAGGUGGGCCUUAUACUAGAUACAAUACAAGACUGGGUGGUCCUUAUACUAGAUACAAUACAAGACUGGGUGGGCCUUAAUUAUACUAGAUACAAUACAGGACUGGCUGGGUCUUAUACUAGAUAAACACAGGACAGGGUGGGCUUUAUACUAGAUAAACACAGGACUAGGUGGGCCUUAUACUAGAUACAAUACAGGACUGGGUGCACCUUAUACUAUAUAACACAGGACUGGGUGGGUUUUAUACUAGAUGCUAUCUACCUCGACUCUUCAUAUUUUCCACUGAAUUUAAUAUUCUCUCAUCAAGACAUCUGUUACACAAGCCAUCAGGAGAGAAUUUUAGACAAUGGUGGGGUAGAUUUAAUAAAUAUUAUUGGUUGAUAUUUAAAACAAAGGACUGCAGGAUACAAACUGCACAGAAGGGCAUUCUGAGCUGUCAAAAUUUUAAAUCAUGACAGGGUUGAAAAUUAACAUAAAAGCCAUGGUCUCCAGCAGGGCCAGUUGAAAAAAAAAUCUUACUGGCCCUUCUCAAAUUCAACUAGCCCUCCAAUUAUCACAUUGAAAUUUAACUGCAUAGCUAAAAUCAAAACUAUAAUGUUUUUUGUUGAAUAAUCAUGUGCUCACCGUAUAUAGUCUGUUUGCGUCAAAAGAAAACCGAUGCAUUGGCUUUUAACUUUAUAAUGAAUAAAGUUAAAAUUCAUAUAAAACAUGUUAAGUUUUAAACCAUUACCAACUCAAAUAAAAAAAAACCUGAAAAAGAAAUCCAGUAUAAAUAAAAAUGUUACUUUACAAAGUACCAUUAAAUUAUAUAUGUUAAAUGUCAUUUUUAAUAUGUAGUGGGGUGAAGGCAAAAUGCUAAAACAGCCCAGGUAUGCUGCUUGACUUGCAUUGUCUUGGAAGUAAAAGAGACUAAAGGUAGAACUGCGCAUCCUUUGGUAAGCUAGUCUGGGAGUGGCAGUCCUUUGUGGCAAUGCAAGAGGGGUGACAUCCCCAGUAAAUCAUUUCCACGGAUGUGGCUGUUCUAUAGACAAGUCACUAAUCAUCCACUAUUUUGCCAAAUGCCCAUUCAACUCUGAUUUGUGCAGAGAUACGGCCCUGAUCAUGUAUUCCGGUUUUGUCAUUCAGAUUACCUUGGAUGUUCCAUCAAUU